GUGCUGAAAGUCGCUAUUGACGCCCGCGGACGGCCGGGCGAGGGGAAGUGGCAAGAUGGCGGCUCCCAGGGCGGAGGCGUGGAGGCUCGCCCGGUGGGGGGGCCGUGGGGCGGGGCGCGCCUGCGCCUGCACCUGACCUGAGCGCGGCUCGAGCUUUAGCCCAGCGCGCGGCCGCGCCGACCCCCACCCCCGCCGCGAGGCAGCGCAGGGGUCCUUUAAGAGGCUUGGGCCCAGGGGCGAAGCGGUGCGAGGGCGAGUGGGGGGGGGGGAAGCGGUGACGUCACCCGGCUCCGCCUCCUCGCCCGACUGCCGGCGCCGCUGCCGCCAUGUUUAGUUGUUACUUCUUCACACAAGAUGGCGGCUCCCAGGGAGGAGGCAUGAGCGCCCUGCCGUUACCGCUUCUUCUGCCGUACAGUUGCCGCUUCGGGGCCUAACUCUAGCUCUUUGAAGCGGCUCCUGUGGGAAGGAGUCAUAAGGCGGGAAGUGAGGAUCGGACACCGCCUUGAGUUUGGUGUGCAGUGGAAGAACUGACCCAGGAGGAAGAGAAUAGGGGGGAACGGGGAGCUAGUCUCAAGAUGGCGGCUCCCACGGCGGCAGGCGCAGCCUGAGCAGCAGAGGCGGACUAAGGGGAGAGGUGCGAGACUUCACAAGCCGUACGGCGCGAGCCCCCAAACGGCCCUCGAGAGCUCGAGCUGGUUCCACCGGCCUCCGGCCCGCCUCCAUUCGUUAGGUGUGUCGAAGCUGUUUCGGGAGCGGCGGCUGCACUAAGGCGCUGGGCGGGGAAGCGGGACGGUCUCAAGAUGGCGGCUCCCACAAUUGUGGUCUGAGCGCCGGCGGGGCUGCGACGACCGCGGCGCUUGUGGCUCCUUUCCACCCGCCCCGGAAGCCGGCCAGUGCUGGGGACUUGGGGGUGUGGGAACCGGGCCGGGGCUCCGCCAUUUCCGGCGGGGGAGGGCUACGACUGAGGAAGGGAGGAGAGAGAGGCGGCUCAAGAUGGCGGCUCCCAGGGCCUCCCGCCCGAGCUUGUAAGCGGGAGCGCCCGGACAAGUAGUCGGGGCGACGGGACUCAGCGGCCUCCAGCUUCUUGAGCCUAGGCGCUCGACAGUUUCGGGCGGCUCUUGCGGAGACGGGGUGAGCGAGAAGAAAGGGAAGAGCCAAAGGGAAGGAGGGCAGUUAAGAUGGCGGCCUCCAUGGAGUCGUCUACCGCUGUGUGAGGAACCGCUUCUCCGUGAGAGCUGCCUUAGACGAAAGGGGGUGUGUGAAAGGAAUUGAGGGGCUCCCUUCCCGCUUGUUGACUUCUCCCCACCGCACCCUUUCCCGGAACUAUGGCUUCGGCCGUGUCGCCCGCCAACUUGCCAGCGGUGCUUCUGCAGCCCCGCUGGAAGCGAGUGGUGGGCUGGUCGGGUCCGGUGCCACGGCCCCGCCACGGCCACCGCGCCGUGGCCAUCAAGGAGCUCAUCGUGGUGUUUGGCGGCGGCAACGAGGGAAUAGUGGACGAACUGCACGUGUACAACACGGCAACCAACCAGUGGUUCAUCCCAGCCGUGAGGGGGGACAUUCCCCCUGGGUGUGCAGCCUAUGGCUUCGUGUGUGACGGGACUCGCCUCCUGGUGUUUGGUGGGAUGGUGGAGUAUGGGAAAUACAGCAAUGACCUCUACGAACUCCAGGCGAGCCGGUGGGAGUGGAAGAGGCUCAAAGCAAAGACGCCCAAAAACGGGCCCCCUCCGUGUCCUCGACUCGGGCACAGCUUCUCCCUUGUGGGCAACAAAUGCUACCUGUUUGGGGGUCUGGCCAAUGAUAGCGAGGACCCAAAGAACAACAUUCCAAGGUACCUGAAUGACUUAUAUAUCCUGGAAUUACGGCCAGGCUCCGGAGUGGUAGCCUGGGACAUUCCCAUCACUUACGGGGUCCUACCACCACCCCGGGAGUCACAUACUGCCGUGGUCUACACCGAAAAAGACAAUAAGAAGUCCAAGCUGGUGAUCUACGGCGGGAUGAGUGGCUGCAGGCUGGGGGACCUGUGGACCCUAGAUAUUGACACCCUGACGUGGAAUAAGCCCAGUCUCAGCGGGGUGGCGCCUCUUCCUCGCAGUCUCCACUCGGCAACCACCAUCGGAAAUAAAAUGUACGUGUUUGGUGGCUGGGUGCCUCUCGUCAUGGAUGACGUCAAAGUGGCCACACACGAGAAGGAGUGGAAGUGUACCAACACGCUGGCUUGUCUCAACCUGGAUACCAUGGCCUGGGAGACCAUCCUGAUGGAUACACUGGAGGACAAUAUCCCCCGUGCUCGGGCUGGCCACUGCGCAGUCGCCAUCAACACCCGCCUGUACAUUUGGAGUGGGCGUGACGGCUACCGCAAGGCCUGGAACAACCAGGUCUGCUGCAAGGACCUCUGGUACCUAGAGACAGAAAAGCCACCACCCCCAGCCCGAGUACAACUGGUACGCGCCAACACCAACUCCCUGGAGGUGAGCUGGGGGGCAGUGGCAACAGCCGACAGCUACCUUCUCCAGCUCCAGAAAUAUGACAUUCCUGCCACGGCUGCUACUGCCACCUCCCCUACACCCAAUCCGGUCCCAUCUGUGCCUGCCAACCCUCCCAAGAGCCCUGCCCCAGCAGCAGCCGCACCUGCUGUGCAGCCGCUGACCCAAGUAGGCAUCACGCUCCUGCCCCAGGCUGCCCCCGCACCCCCGACCACCACCACCAUCCAGGUCUUGCCGACGGUGCCUGGCAGCUCCAUUUCUGUGCCCACCGCAGCCAGGACUCAAGGUGUCCCUGCUGUUCUCAAAGUGACCGGUCCUCAGGCUACAACAGGAACUCCAUUGGUCACUAUGCGACCUGCCAGCCAGGCUGGGAAAGCCCCUGUCACCGUGACCUCCCUUCCCGCCGGAGUGCGGAUGGUUGUGCCAACACAGAGUGCCCAGGGAACGGUGAUUGGCAGUAGCCCACAGAUGAGUGGGAUGGCCGCGCUGGCCGCUGCGGCCGCUGCCACCCAGAAGAUCCCCCCUUCCUCGGCACCCACGGUGCUGAGUGUCCCAGCGGGUACCACCAUCGUGAAGACCAUGGCUGUGACACCUGGCACUACCACCCUCCCAGCCACUGUGAAGGUGGCCUCCUCGCCAGUCAUGGUGAGCAACCCUGCCACUCGCAUGCUGAAGACUGCAGCCGCCCAGGUGGGGACAUCGGUUUCCUCCGCCACCAACACGUCUACCCGCCCUAUCAUCACAGUGCACAAGUCAGGCACUGUGACAGUGGCCCAGCAAGCCCAGGUGGUGACCACAGUUGUGGGCGGGGUCACCAAGACCAUCACCCUGGUGAAGAGCCCCAUCUCUGUCCCAGGAGGCAGUGCUCUGAUUUCCAAUCUGGGCAAAGUGAUGUCGGUGGUCCAGACCAAACCCGUUCAGACUUCAGCAGUCACAGGCCAGGCGUCCACGGGUCCUGUGACUCAGAUCAUCCAGACCAAAGGGCCCCUGCCAGCGGGAACAAUCCUGAAGCUGGUGACCUCAGCAGAUGGCAAGCCCACCACCAUCAUCACUACCACGCAGGCCAGUGGGGCGGGGACCAAGCCCACCAUCCUGGGCAUCAGCAGCGUCUCCCCCAGUACCACCAAGCCCGGCACGACCACCAUCAUCAAAACCAUCCCCAUGUCGGCCAUCAUCACCCAGGCGGGCGCCACGGGUGUGACCAGCAGUCCUGGCAUCAAGUCCCCCAUCACCAUCAUCACCACCAAGGUGAUGACUUCAGGAACUGGAACACCUGCGAAAAUCAUCACUGCUGUCCCCAAAAUUGCCACUGGCCAUGGGCAGCAGGGAGUGACCCAGGUGGUGCUUAAGGGGGCCCCGGGACAGCCAGGCACCAUCCUCCGCACCGUGCCCAUGGGGGGUGUUCGCCUGGUCACACCCGUCACCGUCUCCGCCGUCAAGCCAGCCGUCACCACGUUGGUUGUGAAAGGCACCACAGGUGUCACGACCCUAGGCACAGUGACAGGCACCGUCUCCACCAGCCUUGCCGGGGCGGGGGGCCACAGCACUAGUGCUUCCCUGGCCACGCCCAUCACCACCUUGGGCACCAUUGCCACCCUCUCAAGCCAGGUGAUCAACCCCACUGCCAUCACUGUGUCGGCUGCACAGACCACGCUGACAGCGGCAGGCGGGCUCACAACCCCGACCAUCACCAUGCAGCCCGUGUCCCAGCCCACCCAGGUAACUCUGAUCACGGCACCUAGUGGGGUGGAGGCCCAGCCUGUGCAUGACCUCCCUGUGUCCAUUCUGGCCUCCCCGACUACAGAACAGCCCACCGCCACAGUUACCAUCGCCGACUCAGGCCAGGGUGAUGUGCAGCCUGGCACUGUCACCUUGGUGUGCUCCAACCCACCCUGUGAGACCCACGAGACUGGCACCACCAACACGGCCACCACCACUGUUGUGGCUAACCUUGGGGGACACCCCCAGCCCACCCAAGUGCAGUUCGUCUGUGACAGACAGGAGGCAGCUGCUUCUCUUGUGACCUCGACUGUGGGGCAGCAGAAUGGUAGCGUGGUCCGAGUCUGUUCGAACCCGCCCUGCGAGACCCACGAGACGGGCACCACCAACACCGCCACCACCGCCACCUCCAACAUGGCUGGGCAGCAUGGCUGCUCAAACCCACCCUGCGAGACCCACGAGACGGGCACCACCAACACUGCCACUACAGCCAUGUCGAGCGUCGGCGCCAACCACCAGCGAGAUGCCCGUCGGGCCUGUGCAGCUGGCACCCCUGCCGUGAUCCGGAUCAGUGUGGCCACUGGUGCGCUGGAGGCAGCCCAGGGCUCUAAGCCCCAGUGCCAAACCCGCCAGACCAGCGCAACCAGCACCACCAUGACUGUGAUGGCCACCGGGGCCCCGUGCUCGGCCGGCCCACUCCUUGGGCCGAGCAUGGCACGGGAGCCCGGGGGCCGCAGCCCUGCUUUUGUGCAGUUGGCCCCUCUGAGCAGCAAAGUCAGGCUGAGCAGCCCAAGCAGCAAGGACCUGCCCGCGGGGCGCCACAGCCAUGCGGUCAACACUGCUGCCAUGACCCGUUCCAGCAUGGGUGCUGGGGAGCCCCGCAUGGCACCUGUGUGCGAGAGCCUCCAGGGUGGCUCACCCGGCACCACAGUGACUGUGACAGCCCUGGAGGCACUGCUGUGCCCCUCGGCCACCGUGACCCAAGUCUGCUCCAACCCACCAUGUGAGACCCACGAGACAGGCACCACCAACACCGCCACUACCUCGAAUGCAGGCAGCGCCCAGAGGGUGUGCUCCAACCCGCCAUGCGAGACCCACGAGACGGGCACCACCCACACGGCCACCACCGCCACUUCAAACGGGGGCACGGGCCAGCCCGAGGGUGGGCAGCAGCCCCCUGCUGGUCGCCCCUGUGAGACACACCAGACCACUUCCACUGGCACCACCAUGUCGGUCAGCGUGGGUGCCCUGCUUCCCGACGCCACUUCUUCCCACAGGACCGUGGAGUCUGGCCUAGAGGUGGCGGCGGCACCCAGCGUCACCCCCCAGGCUGGCACCGCGCUGCUGGCUCCUUUCCCAACACAGAGGGUGUGCUCCAACCCCCCCUGUGAGACCCACGAGACGGGCACCACUCACACGGCCACCACUGUCACUUCCAACAUGAGUUCAAACCAAGACCCCCCACCUGCUGCCAGCGAUCAGGGAGAGGUGGAGAGCACCCAGGGCGACAGCGUGAACAUCACCAGCUCCAGUGCCAUCACGACAACCGUGUCCUCCACACUGACACGGGCUGUGACCACCGUGACGCAGUCCACACCGGUCCCGGGCCCCUCUGUGCCGAAGAUCUCAUCAAUGACUGAGACUGCCCCAAGGGCUCUGACUACCGAAGUCCCCAUCCCGGCCAAAAUAACAGUGACCAUAGCCAACACAGAAACUUCUGACAUGCCCUUCUCUGCUGUUGACAUCCUGCAGCCCCCAGAGGAACUCCAGGUGUCGCCAGGGCCUCGCCAGCAGCUGCCGCCACGGCAGCUUCUGCAGUCGGCUUCCACAGCCCUGAUGGGGGAGUCCGCCGAGGUCCUGUCAGCCUCCCAGACCCCUGAGCUCCCGGCCGCCGUGGAUCUGAGCAGCACAGGGGAGCCAUCUUCGGGCCAGGAGUCUGCCAGCUCUGCGGUGGUGGCCACUGUGGUGGUCCAGCCACCCCCACCCACACAGUCCGAAGUAGACCAGUUAUCACUUCCCCAAGAGCUAAUGGCCGAGGCCCAAGCUGGCACCACCACCCUCAUGGUAACGGGGCUAACCCCCGAGGAGCUGGCAGUGACGGCUGCUGCAGAAGCAGCUGCCCAGGCCGCAGCCACGGAGGAAGCCCAGGCCCUGGCCAUCCAGGCGGUGCUCCAGGCCGCGCAGCAGGCCGUCAUGGGCACCGGCGAGCCCAUGGACACCUCCGAGGCAGCAGCAACCGUGACUCAGGCAGAGCUGGGGCACCUGUCGGCCGAGGGUCAGGAGGGCCAGGCCACCACCAUACCCAUUGUGCUGACACAGCAGGAGCUGGCUGCCCUGGUGCAGCAGCAGCAGCUGCAGGAGGCCCAGGCCCAGCAGCAGCAUCACCACCUCCCCACUGAGGCCCUGGCCCCUGCCGACAGUCUCAACGACCCGGCCAUUGAGAGCAAUUGCCUCAAUGAGCUGGCCGGCACGGUCCCCAGCACUGUGGCGCUGCUGCCCUCAACGGCCACUGAGAGCCUGGCUCCAUCCAACACAUUUGUGGCCCCCCAGCCGGUUGUGGUGGCCAGCCCAGCCAAGCUGCAGGCUGCAGCUACCCUGACCGAAGUGGCCAAUGGCAUCGAGUCCCUGGGUGUGAAGCCAGACCUGCCGCCCCCACCCAGCAAAGCCCCCAUGAAGAAGGAAAACCAGUGGUUUGAUGUAGGAGUCAUUAAGGGCACCAAUGUAAUGGUGACACACUAUUUCCUGCCACCAGAUGAUGCUGUCCCAUCAGACGAUGAUUCGGGCACCGUCCCUGACUAUAACCAGCUGAAGAAGCAGGAGCUGCAGCCAGGCACAGCCUAUAAGUUUCGUGUUGCCGGAAUCAAUGCCUGUGGCCGGGGGCCCUUCAGCGAAAUCUCAGCCUUUAAGACGUGCCUGCCUGGUUUCCCAGGGGCCCCUUGUGCCAUUAAAAUCAGCAAAAGUCCGGAUGGUGCUCACCUCACCUGGGAGCCACCCUCUGUGACCUCCGGCAAGAUUAUCGAGUACUCCGUGUACCUGGCCAUCCAGAGCUCACAGGCUGGGGGCGAGCUCAAGAGCUCCACCCCGGCCCAGCUGGCCUUCAUGCGGGUGUACUGCGGGCCCAGCCCCUCCUGCCUGGUGCAGUCCUCCAGCCUUUCCAACGCCCACAUCGACUACACCACCAAGCCCGCCAUCAUCUUCCGCAUCGCCGCCCGCAAUGAGAAGGGCUAUGGCCCGGCCACACAAGUGAGGUGGCUGCAGGAAACCAGUAAAGACAGCUCUGGCACCAAGCCGGCCAACAAGCGGCCCAUGUCCUCUCCAGAAAUGAAAUCUGCUCCAAAGAAAUCUAAGGCCGAUGGUCAGUGAGAGGAAGCUGACUAGCCCCUGGAUUCUUCUCCAGACCCCCCUGCUUCAGGAACACCCGCCAGGGCCCACCCCUCCCACCCCGUCCCAGCAUUCGCACUUCACCCUCGCGAGCCGCUGUUCACUCCUCUCCCCUUUCUCUUUCUCUCUGUUUUUAAAAUAAUCUAAAGAAAGCACAUUUUACCAUUGCUGUUGGGAGGAAGCAGAGGCAGAUGGGAAAGCAGAGAGAGGAGCGCGCUUCCUUUCCUCCCCGCUGCCACCCACCCUGGGGAGAGACCUUUGCGGGGAGGGAAGGCGGAGCUGAGGACAGCCAGCUCCGCCCUCCCAAGGCUGUGCGUUCCUGAGGCCCAGGUCAGGGGCGGGCAUGGAGGGGAGGAAAGGCGUCCCUCUUGGCCCUCCCCAGAGUGGCUUUCCCGGCACCCUGGCCUGGGUGUCUGGUUCUGUUUUCUUUUCUUCCCCUUGUGUUUCCAGUCACCUAACUUCCCUUCCUCAGGCUCCCCCGGCCCACCCUGCUCAGUGACCCCACAGGAAGCUUACACAUUUUCUCAGAGGCCUUUGUGCUCCCACCUCUUCUACCCUCCCCCUCUUCUUUCCCAUUUUAAAAAAGAAAAGAAGGAAAAAGAAAAAAGGGGCAAGGAGCCCCGCGGCGGCCUGGGCAGCGCCUGUGCAGACCUCCCUGCAGGCCGCACUGCCAACUGCUGCAUUUGUUGUGUUUUUUAGGUUGAAAUUGGUGAAGUUCACACUUUCAUUGUAAUUUUAGCGUGUGGGGUUUUGUCCCUUUUUUGUUGUUGUUAGCUGUGUACAGGAUGUGUAAUCUUUUUUCUUUUCUCUUUUUUUUUUGUUUUGUUUUGUUUUGUUUUUGUUUUUUUACUUUUUUCUUUUUGGCUAAUUCUUGGCAGGGAUCUUUCUGGAGGAAAAGCUGGGGCCAGCCAGGGCAGGAGAGGUGUGAAAUCUGCCACGAGGGGCCUGCUGUUUGCCACCCAGCCCAACUUCCUGUUGCUGGCCCCUGCCCUCUGCCCUUUUGCCUGUCCUCAGGCCGCUGGAACAAAGGAAGGACAGCUCAUUCCUCAUGGGCGAUCACUCCGCAUCUAUAGGGUCGAGCCUAGGGGAGCUUGAGGGAGGGCUGGGGCCUCCUUGUCCUGGAUUUCCAGCUCUCCCCAUGCCCCCUCCCUGAGCACCACCGGCACCACCUCCCAAACAGGGCUGCUGCUUUCCGCAGCCACUGCUCCACCUCCCCCAAAUCGUCAUGGAAAGGGUGGAGAAUGGAGGGGAACCAGGCGUCCUUGGAGGCAGCUUGGGAGGGUGACUGUGUAGUGUCACCCACAAGGGAGGCUAGGGCAAUGGAGCAGGCCGCCAGCAGCAGCUGUGCAGCAUGGAACUCAGGCCAGGCUCCGAGGCUGGGGUAUCUGCUUGGAGUUUUCUGCCCCCCACCCCAAACUUCUGUCGAGGAGCAAGGCUUGCCAGCAAGUCAGAAGGAUUUGAACCGAGCAGCCAGUCUUUCCAGCCCUCCCCUACCGACCUCUGCCUGGAGACGCAGCAGCCUGUGUCCUCCAGGGCCUCUGGUUUGUUGUACUAUAGUAUAUUUCGCUGUGGAAAAUGUCACGUUUAGUCACCUUGGAGCCCACUCACCUGGUCCUGUUGUUUUACCCCAUCCCUUCUCUCGCGCGCCUAUUGAUUUGUUUUUGAGGAGAGUACACCGUUCACUAUUGUAGAGUAACCCCUGUGACUCAAUAUUACCAUAGUGCGAUGUCGUUUUGUGCUAUUUUGAACAAUUAAAAGACUUUUUUUGAAAUAA